ACACCAACCCUCCCAUCGAUAUGUUGAGAAACAGCUGUUCUGUUGUCAUUUAGUUUCCAGGUGUAAAGCUUCGUUUCACGCGUUUUUCGGCGGUUACCAUUAUUCAAUUAUUUGCUGUCCAAACCAACAUUAUACAAUAAACCAUAGCUGCUUAGAACAUUACGCAACAAACUGUAUUCAUUAAUUCAAUUUAUUGACAAUAUAAAAAAGUUUUUUUCAAGAAAACAUAAAGUGCGCGCUGCUAAUAACAUAGCAGCAAAUGUUAAGUGUUUAGCGCUGUCAUGACAACGAUAAAAAAAUUUGCGCUCUUUCAGAAAAUAACAAAUUUAUAAAAACAACUAAAAAUGAGCGGCGAAAAGAAAGCAAUGGAAUUGCAAUUGCAAGUGCGCCAAAAUGCAUGCGAGUAUCAAAGCUCCGUUUCGGAUCUAUACUCAUGGGAAAAGGAGAUUAAAAGCAAGGAGCGAGCAAUGCAAAAUGCUCCCGCUCCGACCGUCCAACCAAACAGUGCGCCAGUCCGCAGUCAUGUGACAAAGGCAGAGGAGACGCUCAAGAAAUCAAGCAAUGAUGUUGGUAGUGCCAGUGGCUCAGCUGCAAGCACGCCAACUGAGAAGCAGGAUCUGCCCACAGAUGCAGUGGCUCAGCAGCACAAGAAAGCGAAUGAUAUGAAGGAUCGCGGUAAUAGUUAUGUAAAGCAAUCGGACUAUGAGCGAGCCAUCGAAACAUACACUGAAGCCAUAGAGGUCUAUCCACACGAUCCAAUAUACUUCAUAAACAGAGCAUUGUGUUAUCUCAAGAAGGAAAUCUAUGACAGAUGCGUUGAAGAUUGUGAUGUCGCCAUUGGGCUGGACAAUCUGUGCGUAAAGGCCUAUUAUCGGCGCAUGCAAGCGAAUGAAUCGCUGGGCAACAAUAUGGAAGCUCUGAAGGAUUGCACCACUGUUCUGGCCAUCGAUCCCAAGAACUAUGAGGCCAAGCGCAGCUUGGAACGCAUCAAUGAACGCUUACGCAAAUUUGCUACCAAAAAUGGUCCCAACUUUAGCGCACCACGUGAUGAUUUUAUUGAUAUUUUACCAUUUGAUAAGCCGGCUUACAAGCGCUCACAGAAACCAAUGCGUCGAUUGCCCGUUGUGGACAUUGUUUCGCCCCGACCCAAUCAAAGUGAACCCAAGCAAUUGCACAUAACGGAUGAGGAAAUUGACAAGAUUUUCAACAGCAAUUGUGGGCCCUUUGAGGAGGUGAAAAAGGCAAAUGCACAGAAAAAUGUUGACAAGCCAAAACCCUUGGAAACCAAACAAAAAUUAGAUGUUCAAAUUCAGGAAACUAAGCAACCCUCUUCUCAGUCAAAAGAAGCCAGUAAAACCUCAGACAAAGCUGUCGAAACUGCCUCUCUCCAAACCAUAAAACCUGAAGAAUCCAGUAAAAAUAUGAAAAUUGUGGAAGUUGCAGCUGCCCGCCAAGACUCAGUAAAACUUAAAGACACCGAGAAAAGUGUCAAAGCUGUAGAGAAAUCAGAUCUAACUACUACAUUAAACACUACAAAUACUAAAACUGUGUCCCAACCACAAGUUGAUCAAUCUGAAGUCAGCUCAAUGGAGCACGUUCCUGCUGCUCCGAACGGCACCGCCCAGUUCUAUAUCACCUGGAAAGAACUUUCGCCAAAUCAGAAAUAUCACUAUUUGAAAUCUAUUGAAAUUGCCAACUUGUGCAAAAUACUUGGAGCUGGCUUUGAUCCGGACACAUUUGCGGAUCUGUUGCGCACAUUGCAUGACUUCUAUGUGCCCAACAAGGAGCCAACAACAGCAGCUGUGCUGCUGGAGAUUAGCAAAAAUGAUGAGUUCACCAUUCUCGCCAUGCUCAUGUCAAAGGAGGAAAAGAAAUUGGUUGCUUUUGUCAUGGAUGAAAUUAAGAAGUUCCCGAAAAACAAUCCAGCAUUAUUGGAUAAACUUACCAAGGCCUUCAAUUUAGCUUAAAAUGAGGAUUUGACCCCGAGCUAGCCUAAUCCUCAUUGACUAAAGUUUAAAUUGUUAAAAGCAAUAAACGUUUUUGGUUCGCUUCAGAUUGUUAAACUCAAACAUUAAA